AAAUCCUAAUUAAAUACAACACUUUUAAGCUACCAAUGGUGUGCUGUGAUGGCUAUGAGAGACUGAACGAGUCGGAGCCCUGUUUGCGCAAGGUGGACGAGCAUGAGUGCACAGAACUGAUACAGGUCUGGGAUCAGCAAACGUUGGACCCCAAUGGAAUUUCGCGAAUAACGACAACGCAGUUGCAACGAGUUUGCUGCGAGGGCUACAAAAGGCAAACGUCAAACGGACCUUGCCUCCCCCAAUCCGAAAUAACUGACGCUGAUUCAAGCGUACGUAGUACGAGCAAACCUUCCAUAGCGAAGAACGACCAAACUGCCAAGCCUAACAAUACGUAA